UACCUUCAUGUGAAAUGGCCUCUGUUGGAUGUCCAGGCUGCAGCUGGCCUUAAGGAUGCUCGAUCCCCACCACCCACACACCUGUCUAACAAGGUCGCUGUUGUACAACACCCCCACCAUGUACACCCCCUGACCCCCCUCAUCACCUACAGCAACGAACACUUCCCCGGGAACCCGUCUCCACACCUCUCCCCAGACCUGGACCCCAAGACUGGAAUACCCAGGCCUCCGCACCCCUCCGAACUGUCUCCGUAUUAUCCACUGUCUCCGGGAGCUGUUGGGCAACUGACACAUCCCUUGGGAUGGUUAGUGCCACCGCAAAGCCCGCCAAUGUACCCCAUCACAGCCGGGGGCUUCAGGCCCCCCUACCCCGCCCUGGCCGUCAACACCUCAAUGUCCAGGUUUUCUCCACACAUGGUGCCACCUCCACAUGGUCUGCACCCGACCGGAAUCCCUCACCCGGCCAUCGUGACGUCCAACAUCAAACAGGAGCCGCUGCCCAGCCACAGCCACCCGCAGGAGAGCGCGAGGCCGCUGAGUAUAAAGAAGGAGGAGGAGAAGAAACGGCCUCACAUUAAGAAGCCCCUCAACGCCUUCAUGUUGUAUAUGAAGGAGAUGAGGGCCAAGGUGGUGGCCGAGUGCACCCUGAAGGAGAGCGCCGCCAUCAACCAGAUCCUGGGCCGCAGGUGGCACGCUCUGUCGCGGGAGGAACAGGCGAAAUACUACGAGUUGGCUCGGAAAGAGAGACAACUUCACUCCCAGCUGUACCCGGGCUGGUCAGCGCGGGACAACUAUGGGAAGAAAAAGAAGAGGAAACGAGAGAAGCAACAAAGGGAGACAGACGGUGACCCAGUGGCCGGCUGCAGACGGAAGCUGAAGUGUAUCCAGUACCUGGGCUCCGAGGGCCGUUUCCCGGGAGUGGGCGACGCCAACGGGAGCGUGUUAGACUCCCCCCCUCGCCCCCAGCAGUGAGCAGCCCCCCAGAGCAAGUGCGGCCCCUGUCGCUCACCACCAGACCGGACCCCCACUGCAAACUGCCCGCACACCCCGCCCCCACCCCCUCGACCACCCCGCUGCCCGUCGUCAGCCUCUCCACUGCCAACAGCGCAGAGAACAGCCAGUCGCCACUCAGCGCCCGCCACCUCACUUACGUCUCGAUGCCCACCUUCCUCCUGACACCCCCCUCCUCCGUCGAGACCGCCUCCCACUCCCAACUCAGCCUCCCAGCCGUACAGACACAACCUCUGUCUCUCGUCACCAAACUCAAUGAUUAGCGCCCCCCACCCC